UUUAAUGGAGGGAGUAACACUACUGUAUCGUUUAUAGUCAUACUGCAAUUGUGUAAGUUUGUGUGACUAAAUUCAUAUAGUAGUUAUAUACUCUGUUAAUUAAGAGAAAAGAUUCAAAAAAAUUGUAUGAUUUCUUUUUAGAGGAACUCGGGUGGGUUGUAAUUGAAUCAAAUAUCGUCAAAUAACUCAUCCAGAACAAACGAUAGUCGAGAAGGAAACUAUUGAUUGACAACAAGGUUCCAUUUGUUGAGGCUCAAUAAAAAGGCUAGAAUUGCAUAAUUAUUGGAAUGGAUAAUCAAAACUCACAAUCCUUUGGCUCUCAGUCACAUUUCUACGUAUCAUUUAUCCAAGAAAGCCUUAAAUCAAAAGACCGAUUUUCCAUUAAGUUAAUCCAUGGUCGUAUAAUCAAAUCGGGCGUCCAUUUAACUGCUUUCCUUAUGAAUAAUCUCAUCAAUGGGUAUGCGAAAACCGGGUUUUUAUAUGCUCGUAAAGUGUUUGAUGUAAUGCCUGUGAGAGAUAUUUCUUCUUGGAAUACCCUUUUAUCUGUGUAUUCGAAACAAGGUGUAAUUAAUGAAGCCCGUUCAAUAUUUAAUGAAAUGCCUUGUAGGGAUUCUGUUUCAUGGACUACUAUGAUCGCUGGGUACAAUUACGUUGGCCGUUUUCAGGUUGCAAUUCGGAUGUUUAUUGAGAUGGUUGGGGCUGGUGUUUUGCCGACACAGUACACGUUUACCAGUGUUCUUGCAUCGUGUGCUGAAAUUAGAGCGUUAUACGAGGGUCGGAGAGUUCAUUCUUUUGUUGUUAAGUUUGGGUGGAGUGGUUAUGUUUCUGUCGCAAAUUCUCUGUUGAAUAUGUAUGCCAAGUCAGGGGAUACGAAUGCAGCUCGUAUUGUUUUUGACAGGAUAACAGUGAAGAACACCUCGAGCUGGAAUACGUUGAUCUCGUUGCAUAUGCAGACUGGUCAGGUGGAUUUAGCAUUGGCACAAUUUGAGCAAAUGAAUGCGCGUGACAUAGUUUCAUGGAACUCAAUGAUUACGGGCUACAGUCAGCAUGGGUUCGACAUUCUAGCUCUUAAUAUGUUCUCUAAAAUGCUUGAAGAAUCUUCGUUGGAACCUGAUAGAUAUACUUUAGCCAGUGUUUUAUCAGCUUGUGCUAAGCUUGGGGAAUUAAAUGUAGGAAAACAAAUCCAUGCUCGUCUUAUCAGAACUGAAUUUGACAUGUCAGGAGCAGUUGGGAAUUCUUUGAUUUGCAUGUAUUCCCGAUGUGGCAGCUUAGACAUUGCUCGAAAAAUAUUAGAAGAUAAUAGAAAGUCCAGUGUAAAUGUAAUUGCAUUUACAGCUCUACUGGAUGGGUACAUAAAGCUUGGUGAUAUAAGUCCAGCAAGGAAGAUUUUUGAUUCAUUGAAGGACCGUGAUGUAGUUGUUUGGACAGCCAUGAUUGUCGGUUAUGUUCAAAAUGGCCUUAAUGAUGAUGCGAUGGAACUCUUUAGGUUAAUGGUCAAAGAAGGGCCAGACCCCAAUAAUUAUACUCUAGCAGCAAUGUUAAGUGUCUGUUCAAGCAUGGCAUCCUUAAAUCAUGGUAAACAAAUCCACUCGGCAGCCAUUAAGGCAGGGGAAGCAUUAUCAGUUUCCGUUAGCAAUGCCCUGAUAACUAUGUAUGCCAAGGCUGGAAAUAUCUCCUGUGCAAGGAAAGUAUUUGAUAUGAUACACCUGAAUAGAGACACAGUCUCUUGGACUUCAAUGAUCUUGGCUUUAGCUCAGCAUGGACUUGGAAAUGAAGCCUUACAAUUGUAUGAGAAUAUGCUUGCACUUGGAAUGAAGCCUGAUCAUAUAACGUAUGUUGGUGUUCUUACUGCUUGCACACAUGUAGGAUUGGUUGCUCAAGGCCGUAGUUAUUACACAAUGAUGAAAGAGAUCCAUGGAAUUGAACCCACGUCAAGCCAUUGUGCUUGCAUGAUUGACCUCUUUGGUCGUGCCGGGUUGCUAGAAGAAGCACAAGACUUCAUUGAAAAUAUGCCAAUCGAACCAGAUGUGAUUGCAUGGGGUUCUCUUUUAUCAUCUUGUAGAGUUCACAAAAAGGUGGAGCUAGCAAAAGUUGCAGCUGACAGAUUGCUUUCGAUUGAUCCUGAAAAUAGCGGGGCCUACUCAGCACUUGCUAACGUGUAUUCCGCUUGUGGGAAAUGGGAUGAAGCUGCUAAGAUCAGAAAAUCGAUGAGGCAUAAACAGGUCAAGAAAGAACAAGGAUUUAGCUGGAUCCAAAUAAAAAACAUAGUCCAUGUCUUUGGGGUAGAAGAUGGGCUUCAUCCGCAGAGAGAUGCUAUUUACAAUACAAUGGAAAAAAUCUGGAAAGAUAUCAAAAAGAUGGGAUUCAUUCCAGACACCGAGUCAGUGCUGCAUGAUCUUGAUUAUGAGGUGAAAGAGCAGAUUCUUAGACAUCAUAGUGAGAAGCUUGCAAUUGCAUUUGGGUUGAUAAAUACCCCGGAGAGCACUACUUUAAGGAUCAUGAAGAACCUUCGCGUUUGUAAUGACUGUCACUCGGCAAUCAAAUUUAUCUCCAAGCUUGUAGGGAGAGAAAUCAUUGUGAGGGAUGCCACUCGUUUUCACCAUUUCAAAGGAGGUUCCUGCUCGUGUAGUGACUAUUGGUAGGUCGUGAACCAAAUUUUAUCUGAAAAUUCCACAUCAGAGCUGCUGGAGAAAAUUAAGAAAAAAUCUGUGAUGCUAGAUGUUACUAAAAAACAUCGGGAAUCUGGGUUGGGGAAACCCAUACAUAAAGGUAAACAUUACUAUGAAGUUUUCCUUCACUUAAGGUGAUGCUGUAUAGCAUUGUCAUCCUGUAAGCCGCCCCUCGGAGGGGCUUUGUGGUAUACACCGUGUUUGUUGUAUUGUUGUUGUGGCAUCCAUAGAGUCUUCUCAGGAGUGGGAAAGUCAUCAAGUAAUAGAAAUGGAUUGUUUGAAGAUGUUCCAAUUGAAGAAUUCAGUUUUAAAAGAAUAUCCUUCGAUGGAAUACAGGUGUCCUCCAUAUUAUCUACACUUUCGUAGAGGUUAGGCAAACACCCACUCAUUCCUUCCUUCUUGAGGAGCCUAAUGACAGUACUUACCGGCAAUGAGAGAAUGUGAAGGAGGAAAUCCACACAAUUCUUAUCAGUCUCUGCAAAUAGGACUUGUUUAGACUUGGUGUCAAUCAAAAGCUUCAAACUCAGUUUGGAAUCAGAAGUCUUCACUUUGGUUGGCUCUACUGCUGCAAGUCUUGUCCUUAUUGAGGUUUUUAUUUGGUAUUCUUGAAGCAUCUAAGCUUAAUUAAAUAGUUGUAGCUUCUUUACUACCUUCAUGUUUUUCACUCAGUAGUCUAAUAGUCAUCAAACAUUUGAUGUGGCCGUGUUACUACGCUAAUCAAGAUUCUUCAUUUAAAUGUUGGCAACAAAACAUUCAAUGAAAGGUCAGAUUUCUUUCAA